AUGUCUUUGAUCGGUGGACUGCGCUCGCUGCGUCCAAAGCUUCACUUUGCGGCGCUCACGCACGAGUUACCAGCGCUCGUGAAUGCACUGGCGGACAUGGGGUUGGGCACCAUUGUGGACUACGCGCGGGAACAUCGACCGGCGGCGGAGGCGACGGAGGUUGCGAGCGUCAUCGCGGGGAGAAUGAAUGAGUUCCCGAACGCGAUGCACGCGCUCAAGCUAAGCGCGCUGGGGAGCGAGGACGAUCACGCCGAGGCGGAGCGGCACGCGCGCGUGCUGGCGAUGCGGGCGAGAGAAUUGAGAACCUCGGUGUGCGUUGACGCCGAGGAGAACGCUUUGCACGCGGGGUACUCGAGGACGGCAUUUGAUUUAAUGCGCGAAGCUAAUGCUCUCGCGGACGAUCCAGAUCGUCCACGAUACCCGACGGUAUUCAAGACAUACCAAAUGUAUCGUGCGGACGCGGUUGACGAGCUCACCAAGGACAUCGAGAUGUCAAGGGAGCUUGGAUUCGAGCUCGGGGCCAAGUUAGUGCGCGGUGCGUACCUUCGACUCGAUCGCAAUAGUGGUGCUUUGCUUCCGAACAAGCCCAUGGUGGACAAGUCGUACGAGAGAGGCUUAGAGAUUGCUCUCCAAAAGGGCAACGGCCACGUCUCAACCCUCAUCGCCACGAGAAACAUCGACAACAUCGAGCAGGCGCUCGAGCAUGAGAACAACCAUCGCGUUCUCUACGCCCAACUCUUGGGUAUGGACGACGACGUCACGAAUCGCCUCGUCGAAAAGAAAAUGAAGGUUCUCAAAUACGUGCCGUUCGGAAGACUCUCUGAAUUGUCCCCAUACUUGUAUCGACGUCUGUUAGAACGUCUCCAUUGGUCCUGA